GGCCCGAAGCUAUAAAGAACUUUAACUGACUGACUGCACCAUGAAGGCUUUCUCCAUUUGGGCUUUGGCAGCCCUCUGCCUCUGCCUGGGCCAAGUGGCCUCCAGCGAAAAGCUGAUCAACUGCUACUGGGGCACCUGGGCCAACUAUCGACCUGGCGAUGGCAAGUUCGUUCCCUCGGACAUCGAUCCCUCUUUGUGUACGCACAUCAGCUACACCUUCUUUGGAAUCAGCGAUGCCGGCGAGUUCAAGUCCCUGGACACCUGGCUGGACAUGGACGAUGGGCUGGGCUUCAUUAGCCAGACUAUUGCUCUGAAGCAGCGCAAUCCCAACCUGAAGAUCUUGGCUGUGGUGGGUGGCUGGAACGAGGGCUCCACCAAGUACUCGGCCAUGGCCGCCGAUCCCGCUAAGCGAGCUACCUUCGUCUCCACCACUCUAGCCUUCAUCCAGCAGCACGGCUUCGAUGGCCUGGACUUGGAUUGGGAGUAUCCUGGCCAGCGUGGAGGCAGCGAUGCAGAUCGCGUGAACUUCGUGACUCUGCUGCGUGAGAUCAAGGAGACCUUCGAUAUAUAUGGACUGGAGCUGGGCAUUGCUGUGGGCGCUUCCGAGAAGUCGGCUAGCAUUUCCUACGACAUUCCGGCCAUUUCCCAGCACCUGACCUUCAUCAAUGUGAUGACUUACGACUUCCACAUGGCCUUCGAUGGGUACUUGGGUUUGAAUGCUCCUCUGCCCGAGGUUACCGAGUCCAUUGACUACUGGCUGUCGCAUGGUGCCCCUGCCGAGAAACUGAUCCUUGGUAUUGGUUUCUAUGGCCACAGCUACCAGAUGGCUGAUAGCUCCAAGAACUGGCCUGGAGCCGAAUGCAUUGGCUCCGGAUCUGCUGGCCCCUACACCCGGGAAAGUGGUUUCCUCGGCUAUCAUGAGAUCUGCUUGAACAACUGGGAGACAGUUUUCGAUGCGGAGAACGGUGCGCCCUAUGCCUUCCAGGGUGACCAGUGGAUCGGCUACGACAAUGUCCAGAGCAUCCAGAUGAAGAUGCAGUUGGUAGACUCACGAAACCUGGGCGGCGCCAUGAUGUGGUCCAUUGAGACGGACGACUUCCGUGGCCUUUGCGGAGAGUCCUAUCCCCUGCUGAAGACCAUGAACCGAGCUCUGGGCAAGGAUGUGAGCGGCGGAGGCGGCAGUGGUGGCGGAGGCAGUGUCACUCCUGCUCCUACCCCGACACCCACUCCGGGAGGCAAUGGAGGCGGUAGCGGUGGUAACGGCGGUGGCUCUAGCGGGGAUUGCACCGUCAAUGGCCACUUCUUGCACAGCAGCGACUGCAACAAGUAUUACCAAUGCGCCGAUGGCAUCCGCUACGACUUUCAAUGCGGAGAAGGACUUUACUUUGAUACGAGCAGCAACAUUUGCAACUGGUCGUCGGAGGUCUAUUGUCCCUACUGAACAAAGAGCAUUUAAAAAUACACCAAAGAUUGCAAAAAACUGAAAGAGAGGCUUUUCCCACUCGCAUGGGAUUUUGUUUAUAAACUAAUCAUAUAUAGUAAAUUCAUAUUUAUGACAUCCGAUUUAGAUUAGAUUCAACGCUCACAUAAUAAUAUUUACAGCUCCAAACUUAGUCACGGUGAUCAGAUAUAAGGUGAAAGACUAUAUGCCCUCAGGUAACUGCAAGUGAAUCAGUUCAAAUAUUGAAAUAUUGAUAGCGAUAACGAAAAUGUGGUAAUGCAAGGGAAGACCGGAAUGGAAGGCUCCAUUAGUCAGAAUAAGUCAUUUCUUUAAGUUGAAUUCAUUGACAUUGUAUAACAAAU